GUGGGAGGGCCCAAGGAUGCUUGUCAGCUCGGGGUCCAUGUCUCAGAGGGGCCUCUUUCCAGAAAAUGCUUAGGCCCUACCCCACAGAGGGGUGUCUCGCUGACCAGGACCAGGAUGGUCCCUAUCUGGGAUAUCAGACUGGGGCUGUGGUUGAGGGCAUGACCAAGGUCGGGCAUCAGUCGAGGUGGCCAGGGCGUGUGGCUAGACCAGACAGGAACAGUCACGGCCCCAAGGGACACUGGUGUAGGGCAACCACUUAGAACAGCCCCCCAAGAAACCAGGGGGGUUUCUACUCAGGGCCUCAGCUGAGCAUCUUCCAUGUGUCAUGGUCCAGGAGAGGGGAGGGUGUCUCCUUCUACAUGCAUACUUGGCUUUCAAGCCCCCUCAAGGGCCACCUGAAUUCCAGGGGUACCUCACCCCGAGACUUCACUUGGAAUUCUUUGGGCAUGGAGUGGAGGAGCCUGAGAUCAUCUCCUUGCCUCCUCCCUUGUUGUAUGAAGCUGCUUUAAGGGAUGUCCACAGUGGCCAGCAAACAGCAUUGUUUAAUAGUCCCACGCAGCAGCAAGUGGAGAGCAGGCUCGGCGAGCUCCUGAAAUGCCGGCAACCCCCGCCGCCGACUUCACCACCCCCGCGGGCACAGCCCUCGACGCCGCGGGCUGGCCCCUGGCCCCUGGCGAGUCAAGGGCCAAGGCUUGUGUUCAAUCGAGUGAAUGGCCGGCGGCCCCUCGCCACAUCCCCAUCCCUCGAGGGGACCCAGGAGACCUACACACUGGCCCACGAGGAGAACGUCCGCUUUGUGUCCGAAGCCUGGCAGCAGGUGGAGCAACAGCUGGAUGGUGGCCCAGCCGGUGAGAGUGGGCCAAAACCUGUGCAGUAUGUGGAGAGGACCCCUGAUCCCCGGCUGCAGAGUGAGCCCCCAACCCCAAUUUCCUCAGGAACUUCCCCCAGAUCCUGUACCUCCAGAGAAGCUUCUUCCAUGUUCCUAUCUUCCCUCUGCCCCUCUGACCCUGAACUGGGCUCUGGCAGGUUGCAGGCCUAGGGAAUUGGGGAGGAGACUCCUGAGCCAACCACCUUCUUCCCAGUGCCCCAGGCAUGCUUGGAGUGCGGGUGAGAGGCUUAUGGUCAGCUUGAGGGUAGAGAUACCAGUCUGGAAGGUGACAUCACUGCCCAGCCUUUUGUUUCUUUGC